AUGAAGGUUGGGCUGAUUAACUGUGCCGGGAGAUACCUCACCAGCGAAUGCUAUGGGGAUGGCGUCACUGUCCUGGGAAACUCACUGGGCAGGAAGCAGACCUGGGAGCUGCAGGUCACCAUGAAGCAGGGGAAGCAGACCGUGGUGGAACUGCUAGGCCAUCAGGGCCACUACCUCCUAGUGGAUCCUGAUGGAUCAGUCCGGUGUGGGCAGCCAGCAUCCGUCCAGCAAAGCCAGUUCCUGUUGGAGCUCCAUCACAGUGGCAAGUGGACUCUCCAGCUGCUGGACAGCAAGAAGUACCUGGAGUCUGACGGGGAGGAUGUUUUCUGCGUUUCCCGGAGCCCAGCCUCCUACCACAAGUGGCUGCCCCAGCUGGCCAUGCACGUCCACAUCGUGCUGUACAACCCCACGCACCAAUGCUACGCCCGAGCUGACGCAGACCUGGACAGAGUGUGGGUCGACACCCCAGUGCCUUACCUGGAAGAGUGCGGCUUCGUGCUACGGUUCAGGAACGGGAUGUACCACCUGGAGACCUCCAGCCACAAGUACGUCUCCAGAGCGGAGACGCUAACCAAGAAACCCUCUGCACAGACGGCCUUCAACUUAAACCUCAAGCCCAGGUGCCUGGCUUUCCUGAGCGACCAAGAUGGGUGUGUCCUGUACCCUCAGGGCAAGCGGAGGCGUUUGUGCCUUGGCGACAACCCCAAAGAGGAGGAAGAGUGGUUUGUUAUAAAGAGGUGUCCACAAUGGGUCAGUCUGAAAACUAAGGCCAAGAGAUACGUGUCCAUCAUAUGUGACACAGAAGUGUAUGCCGGCUCGGACAUAGUGACCCCAAAGUCUGUGUUCCACUACGAAUUCAAUCCAGACACCAGCGCGGUGCAGCUGAAAACAGUUAACAACCACUACCUGGCCCAGAGAAAAUUCAAGAGCAUAGUGGCAAAUGGGAGACGCAUGGAACCAGAGACCAACUUCCGUGCCCUGUGGCAUUGUGGGAAAAUCUUCCUGCAAGCUUUCAACGGCCGGUACCUGGGCACCAUGCCCAUUGGGCUAGUGGUGGCCAGUGCUGUGCACCCAGGGCCUGGCGAGGCCUUUGGGGUGCGCCUGGCCAACCGCUCCUUCCUGGUGCUGCGUGGCAGGUAUGGCUACGUGGGGACUUUGGCCUGCCAUGACAUUCUGCAGUGUAACCUGGUGGACCCCGACUGCAUUGAGCUGCUGCCCUGCAAGCCGGGCAUUUACCACUUCCAAGCCCACGGCAGGAGCUUUUGGUCUCUGAGCUCAGACGGCACCUUCAGAACCUGGGGGAAGUUUGCCUUGAACUUUUGCCUGGAGAUCCAAGGGAGUAACAUCCUGGCCGUGUUAGCCCCCAAUGGGUACUACAUGAGAGGAGACCGGAGCGGCACCCUCCUGGCAGAUAGUGAGGAAGUCACUAGCGAGUGCCUCUGGGAAUUCUAG